CGAAAAUUUGAGAAGUCAAAACUUGACAUUACAAAAAAAAAAUUAAAAAAAAAUAACAACAACAACAUUGUUGAAUAUUUUUCAAGUACGCUAACGCUAAACUUAACCAGGGAAGAACUAUGUUUUAUCAUAUAUCUUUGGAACAUGAAAUAUUAUUGCAUCCUAGAUAUUUUGGUCCACAACUUCUUGAGACUGUAAAACAAAAAUUGUAUACUGAAGUUGAAGGGACAUGCACCGGAAAAUAUGGAUUUGUUAUAGCAGUAACAACAAUAGAUCAAAUAGGAUCAGGAGUCAUUCAACCUGGGCAAGGUUUUGUCGUUUAUCCAGUAAAAUAUAAAGCAAUCGUGUUUCGGCCUUUUAAAGGUGAAGUUUUAGACGCUUUGGUUAAGCAAGUGAAUAAGGUUGGAAUGUUUGCAGAAAUUGGACCACUUUCAUGUUUUAUAUCACAUCAUUCUAUACCAGCUGACAUGCAGUUUUGUCCCAACGGUAUCCCUCCAUGUUAUAAAUCAAAAGAUGAAGAUGUUGUAAUAUCCGAAGAGGAUAAAAUUCGUUUAAAAAUUGUUGGCACCAGAGUGGAUGCAACUGGAAUUUUUGCAAUUGGUACAUUAAUGGAUGAUUAUUUAGGUUUGGUUUGCAGCUAAUUUAAAUUGUUUUUAAAUAAAAUUUUUUUUACAAUAAAGAUAAAAAGAAAAAAGCAAUAUGCCGUGCAUUUUUUAAUAUUUUUUAUAUUUGAAUAAUUUUUAUAUGUAUAAACAUUAAUAUAAAUAAUUUUAUUUG